AUGUCAACUAUCGAAACAAUAUCUCAACGCCUUGUAUUAGCAUUUCCUGAUGAAAGUAAACGAUCUUUUAAAGCAGCCACAAUCAUCGUAAAUAUUGGGCGUCUAAUUCCAGCAAGUUAUGUUUAUCCAUUGCCUCCUCCUAGUACUAGUGAAGAACGACUUCAUUUUAUAUGUUUCAUUUUAAAAAAAGAAACUGGUAUUCAUUAUUCCAGCAAUGAUGUUCUUACCGCUCAUAAUAUUUUAAUGGGCAAUCAAGCUGUCCAAGACCAAUUGAAUUUCGAUUGUGGAAUUGACAAGAUACAACAUUAUUUGAACGAAUAUAAAAAUCUUCAACCUGAAUCAGCAUUUGCAAGAAACUUCACUCCUAUCUUACUUUUACCACAUCGAACCAUUUGUAGCUUGUGCAAUGCACAAUUAAAAAUUAUUUUUCAAUCCUGUGCCCAAGUUAUUUACUGUACAAAAAUUCAACCGUGCCUUCUGUAUAAAGCUGAUUGUCAUCAAUGCCGUCGAUCUUAUCGUAUAUCAUCCAUUUAUUUGAUAGAUCAAAAACAAACACUUGUCACUGCUGAAUCACAAAAAUCUGAUUACAUACAUUUUUCUGGUUUAACAGUUUUUUCAAAAGAAAUUCUCAUUUGCUUUUCUUCGCAAUUAAUUGACAAUUAUGCUACUUUUGAAGGUUUUGCUUUUGCCACGAUAAAAACCUUCAAUAGACUUCAUCCUGGUAGCGGAAAUGUUAUUACAGCUGAUAAUCUCGCUCGUAAUCUACAAUCUGUUUGGUUAUAUUACGAGUUAACAAAUUUUAUAUUAAUGGCUAGUAAAUCAAUGGAAAUUUGCUUUCCCCACGCAAUGAGUGAAGGUCGAACAACAAUCAAAGGACAGCAAUCAUCAGGAGCAAUAUUUAUUGAAAGAAACUUGAAUUGGAUCUAUCAUGUUUUCACUGUCUUUUGGUCAAAUCACGAAAGCUUAUUUGGUAGCUGUAAAUGUGGUAAUUGUUCAAAAGUUAUGAUAAUUGAUGGCCACCAAAAGCCAUAUGAUAACGUGACCAGUGUUCUUAAUGCUGCUGAAUUAGGCCCCAUCAAUCGAGGUUGCCCAUACAUGCCAAGAAGAAAAAAAUCGGACGAUCAAGAACCGGAUGGUGAUUAUGGAUAUUAUUAUUGCAAUCAUCAUCGAAAUAAACGUACAGAAGAAUUAUCAAUUAAAACGAAAAUGUCCGAUAAUGAAUUAGAAAAGUAUUUGAAAUAUCUUAAAGAAUUUGAUCGUGAAGAAUCUCAAUGCAACGUUGGUCGAAAUGACAUGGAAGAACGUUUUGCAGCAAAGAAACGGUCAAUGGGUUUUAUUGCCUCAUUCUUGAAUUGUGGAAUUAUUAUCGGUUUUUCUGAUUCGAUUAAUCACGAAGGACCUCGUAAAAUCACCGACCAUCUGUUGACAAUGUUGAAACUUGGAGCAAAAUUACCGUCACUGGUUGUGUAUGAUGCUGCAUGUCAACUGUAUAAAUUCUGGAGGUACCGAUUCGGUACUGAAUAUAUGGAAGAAACUAAAUAUACACAACAAUUAAUGAAUAUGGCAUUGGUAACAGAUCGAUUUCAUAAUACAGUACAUACCGGAAGUUUAUGCAAGACAUUUUUUAAUCCUGAUUCGGAAAAAAAUAAAAUUAAGUUUAUCGGAAUUAAUACUAGCAUAGCUGAACAAACUUUCUCUUAUUUAACCAAUUUCAAAAAUGCUUUACGAAGUUUCUCUUAUCCUACAUCAGCAUUAUUUACUAUUUUACUUUUUCAUUUAAAAAACUGUGAUAAAAUAAAUCAAGAUCCUGCUCAACAAGGUCUUAUUAUUGGUAGCAAUCUUGAAACUGUGAUUCAUGAUCAACAAUCUUAUCAAAGUUAUUGUGUAUUCGAAACAUUGAUGAUGGAACAAGAUAUUAAUGAAGCUGAUUUCCAAGCUGAUGAUGAAUAUGAAGAUAUAAUUGAUCCUAAUGAUAACAAUAAAUAA